AUGGCUCCCCAGGACCUCAAGCAGCGCAGGAGGGAAGACUAUGGUUAUAUUCUGGACUAUCGAACCAGAUGGUCAGACAAUGAUAUAUAUGAUUCGGUAGUCAAUACCUAUCUAAUCGAGGAGGGUGGUAUGCACCCACCGACAUCAGCCCAGUAUGGACUUAUUGUGCACUCCCACGGUGACUUCUUUGGAUCGAUCGCGUUCCCAGCUGUUGCAGAGCUCGCUCUCCGAGUCAACAAGCUAGGUAAAAGCUCGGUCACAUAUGAGGUCGCUCUCUUUGAGCGUGGUGUUGAGGAGGUCAAGUCUGUUGGAGAACUCAUCCAUGUAUUUGUUGAAAGAGAGACUGGUCGACCAGCAUCGAAGGGCAUGGAUAGCAAAUUCAGGGAUGCCUUGCAGAGGAUUCUGGUCAAACAAUCGAAGCUUUAA